AUGUACAUCGAUACAGGUAAAAUUAUUAUUAUUUUUUUUUUUUCUUAUACAUAUUAUAUUGUUUUUCAGAUUCAUUAGUGUAUUACAUUACGACUAAAGAUUUUUACGCCGACCUGCUGAGUAAACCCAGGCUGUUGGAAUGUACGGACACGGCUAACCUACCGAGAGACCACUCGUGCUAUGUAGCAGAGAGGAAGAAAAUACCAGGUCUUUUCUCAGAUAAGUCGAAUGGACAAACCAUCACAGAGUUUUGUGCGCUGCGUGCCAAAUCUUAUGCAUAUAAGAUUGAUGGUAAAGAAAAGAUCAAGGUAAAAGGCAUCCGGGGUCAUGUCGUUAAAAAUCAUAUGACAUUUAACGAUCACAAGAAGUGUCUGUUUGGGGACAACGACUUGGAUGUGUAUAGAGAGAAUAUUUCCAUCCGUUCAUUCCACUACCAGCUCAAAACCAUCUCUGCAAAUAAACUUACAUUCAACAGUUUUGAUGAUAAGAGAAUUAUAUUAGAAGACCGUAUUCACACAUUAGCCCAUGAGCAUUAUAAAAUAGAUGAAGUUUAA